AUGGUGGACCUUGUUCCUGAUACGCCUCUUCGCAAUCAGAGGGCCGAUCGGUCCUCCCAUCCUCUAGCUUCCGAUGCUGAGUAUAAUGAUCGAGGAAGCUUGGACUUGGAGGAGACGGUGGCAACGGUGCCUGUGCAGAGACACCCUCUUCCCACGCAAGCAUUCACUCUCACCACACAACAAUUCACCCAAAAACCCACCCAGCCCACACAGAUAAUCGAACGAAACUCUAACCACCUGCUGUCUCCCCUUGCGCAUACUUCUUCUGUCGUUCAGGUUGCCACAUCCUCACCCCCCGCCCCUAAGAACACCCAUUCUCGCCCCUACUAUACACCUCGUGCCGGCGUCUUGUCAAAUUCCAUGGCCCCUAUUGGAACUCACUACCGCCCUCCAACAAUGGCAGGAGUUCCAAUUAAAAGAGCCCCUGUGAUUGACCUCGACGAUGAUGGCCCAACUUACCGCGGUGGCUCUUCUGACGACGAUGAUAUCCAAUUUGUUGGGACUACAGAUAUCAAGCGAUCAACGUUCGCAAAGAACUCCAGGAGCACGAACAAAGAGCGCAUUCCGGAGUCCCCAGCUGCUCCGAAUGAUCCUGUGAAAAGGUUCAAGGAGAUUACUGCCUCCGCUUUUUUCAAUCCGUCAACAUAUCAGAAUGGGAAGGCGCCCGCAAAACGAUCGGUAGACAGAAUGCCCCGUCAAGAAAAUGCGUUCACACUAGACGACAUCGAAGAUUACCAGACCAGAGUUAAAGUUCAGCGCAUAUUAAAUGUCUUUCCAAACAGAUCUAUCCGGUUUAUUCUGGACAUUCUUGUAUCCAACAGAGGGCACUACGAAGAUUCUCUAGAUCACAUCGCCAAACUUGACGAUGAUAGCAUAUCUUCCGAUCGAGUUUCGGAUGACGAGCUAAGUCUGGACUCCAGUAAUCUCCGAGUGGAGCAAGCGAAACAACAAAUCAGAGCAGGAACCCGAAUUCAAGAUAAGUGGACUUCGAGCCAGAGACUCCCAACCCAGAAGGCAGGCGUUGAAAGAGACUCCUCAGCACCCCGUAGACGGCUGAUAAGGGGCUCGAAAACACACCGUCUCCUGCUCCGCCCGUCAAGAAACCUGGUAGACGCAUAA